AUGAUGGCUCUCGUUAUGGAACCUAUUAGCAAGUGGACGCCCAAGCAAGUAGUGGAUUGGAUGAAAGGCCUUGAUGACUGCCUCCAACAAUACAUAAAAAACUUUGAAAGAGAAAAGAUCAAUGGCGAGCAGCUGCUGCACAUCACUCAUCAGGAGCUUGAGGAACUGGGAGUCACUCGCAUUGGCCACCAAGAGCUGAUUCUGGAAGCAGUUGAUCUGCUCUGUGCAUUGAAUUAUGGUUUGGAGACUGAAAACCUGAGAACUCUGUCUCACAAGCUGAAUGCCUCAGCCAAAAAUCUUCAGAACUUUAUAACGGGUAGAAGGAGGAGUGGCCAUUAUGAUGGCAGGGCCUCCAGACGACUGCCAAAUGAUUUUCUUACCUCUGUAGUUGACCUGAUUGGUGCUGCCAAGAACUUAUUAGCCUGGCUGGACAGGUCUCCAUUUGUCAGUGUGACAGAAUACUCACUGCUGAAAAACAACAUCGUUCAACUGUGCCUGGAACUUACAACCAUUGUGCAACAGGAUUGUACAGUGUAUGAAACAGAAAAUAAAAUUCUUCAUGUGUGUAAAACCCUGUCUGGGAUUUGUGACCACAUCAUUUCGCUCUCAUCUGAUUCUCUGGUGUCACAGUCAGCACAUCUUGAGGUAGUUCAUCUCACCAGCAUUAUGCCCAGUGAGGGUUUGGGAAUGUAUAUCAAAUCAACAUAUGAUGGACUACAUGUAAUCACAGGAACAACUGAAAACUCUCCUGCUGACCAGUGUAAGAAAAUCCAUGCUGGCGAUGAGGUGAUCCAAGUCAACCAUCAAACUGUGGUUGGCUGGCAGUUAAAGAACCUAGUAAAUGCAUUGUGGGAAGACCCAAAUGGAGUGAUUUUAACCUUGAAAAAACGUCCUCAGAAUACCCUGGUUUCUGCUCCUGCCCUUCUGAAGAAUGUGAGGUGGAAGCCUCUUGCACUUCAGCCUGUAAUUCCAACCAGCCCAACAAGCAGUUCUACAACACCAACAAGUACAAUGGGCAUAUCCUCAAAAAUGGAGAACUCUGCACUCCAGGAUGUUUUCAUUCUGUCUCCUAUGUCAGGACUUUAUGGCCCGAGGGAUGAAAUUGGAAUAAUGUCUUGCGAUGACAUCAGCAAAUUUGGAAAGUCUGGGAUGAAAGGCUCUGACUCUCCAAGCUAUUUUCUGGAGCAUGAAAGUGGGAAAUACUACACCUUAAUUGAGGGUGAAGGCCACCCUGUGGGCUCUGAAUAUGAGAGAAGCAGAGCUACAGGGGUGCAGAGAAGGGAAAAAACACCCACUCACGGAGAUUUAAGGCCUGUUUCUAUGCCUACUGAGUACAGUUGGAUAGGGGAGUCAAAAGAACAAAACAUGUACAAGAGGGGAAGCAGAGACUCUGAGAAUUCACUCCUGCGGUAUCUGAGUGAUGACAAGAUACUAGUUAUCCAAGAAGAGCCUUUGACACAAAAAGACAACAAAAGGGACACAGGUCAUAGAUCAAGAAAAAAGGGCAAACCCACAAGCAGUACAAACUACCCUAUUAGUCCAUCUGUAUUGGCAUCUACUAUUAAUAUUAGGCUUGAACCUGGACAGCAAGAUGUCUUGAAUUUCUCACUAGCAGAAAACAAUACAGUUCCACUUUAUCACAGAGCAGGGGACACAGUCAGCGGUGAUACUGAAAGAUAUGCAAGUUCUGCCAUUGACCAUCAAGGAAGCACAUCCAUGAGGAAGUCAUUCCAUUACGCUUCCCUCAGGGUAAAAAGCAGAAAAUGGUCAAAAGGGAGCUCUCUAACGAGUGGGAGCAGAAGACGGAUUUCCUGCAAAGACUUGGGGCAUGGAGAUUGUGAAGGUUGGCUAUGGAAGAAAAAGGAUGCCAAAGGUUACUUCACUCAGAAAUGGAAAAAGUACUGGUUUAUUCUGAAGGAUUCAGCCUUGUACUGGUACACAAACCAGAAUGAUGAAAAAGCAGAAGGAUUCAUUAGUUUACCUGAGUUCAGGAUAGAUAGAGCAAUUGAAUGCAGACGAAAACAUGCCUUCAAAGCAUGCCACCCCAAAAUAAAGAGCUUCUACUUUGCAACAGACUGCCUUGAAGAAAUGAAUAGAUGGAUGAAUCGUUUGGGUCUCGCAGCAAUUGGUUACACACCUGAUGACAAGGAUAUUCAUCCAGACGAAGCAGAUUACUGGAGUGAAAGUGACCAGGAUGACAUCGACGGCUCUUUGACCCUGAAGCAGGAAGGCUCUUCAACACUGUGUGACAGCUAUCAUCGAACACCUUCAGUGAAUUCUUCAAGUCCCUUCCCUGAAGCCAAACAUGGUCGACACUUUUCAAGUGAAUCAACAUAUUCUCAUUCUUCUGCUGAGGAUUCUCGCCAAGAUGUAGCAGGAAGCACUCACUCAUCGGGAUGCAGACCUCCCUACCGAGAGAGACGCUCAUGGCAGGAUCUGAUAGAGACUCCACUAACCAGUUCAGGGCUCCAUUUUCUCCAGACUGUUCCUCCUGAUGCAGAGUACAUGAGUGGCCGGCCUGGAAUGUCACCAGACAGACGAAGACAAGCAACACUACCAGUACAGAGACGACAUAAUUAUGAGCAGGAUGGGCCUUUCCCUUUGGUGGAAUGUCAAAGAGGACAUAGCUCUCACAGCAGGCCACAGAAGCAACGUAGUCAAAGCCUUCCCCGAAACAGAGAUGUGAGGGGUAAGGGCCAUGCAAAGUCCAUAGAAGGAACAGAUGACAAGCUAGAAGAGAAAGCUCCUAUUAGAAGACAUAAUAGUUUCUGUGCAGAAGAAAAUGUAAAAGAAAUUGGAGAAAAUACAGAUGGUCUGCAAGAGCUAUACAAAUCUCUGGAACAAGCCAGUCUGUCAGCUUUUGGAGAGCAGCGUCCUUCCACCAAGCAGGAGUUCCACAAGUCUUUCGUAAAGCGAUGUAACGAUCCAGUUAUCAAUGAAAAGCUUCACCACAUCAGAGUUCUCAAGAGCACUUUAAAAGCGAAGGAAGGGGACCUUACAGUUAUCAACAGUCUUCUGGAUGAUCCCAACAUAACAUCAAAGAAGUUUAAAGAUUGGAAACUAAAGAACUAUGAGUUUUUCCUGGACAUUUGUGAGUACAGUGCUGCUGUGAAAUCUCAAAACGGAGCCUCUGAAAUUGCAGCCUCAGCACCAAUGCUGACACAUACACACUCCUUCAUUGAAACUCAUGUGUGACAGGACUUAUACCCUGAAUAAUUGCUGGGUGCCAUGGAAAAUUGAAUUAGACAAACAGUGUAAUAUUUAUUGAUAAUGUACUCAGCAGUACUGUAAAUAAGUUGGAUAAGAGAAUAGUGCCACAGGAUGCCUACUACAUUGCAUGAUAAGACAAUAAUAUCCUUUAUUAAUUUUUUCCAUUUGCUAUUAUCAACCGAUGUCCGUAUCAAGCUCUGCAUUAGAAAGAAGCAGUGCAGAAGUGUAACUGAAAAUAAAUACCAGUAUAUUUAAAGUACUGUACUAAAACUAAGCUUCUAGUACGAGCUCCUACGAUCAUUUUAUAUAUUUAGAUAUAUAUCAAGACAUAUCUAUGUAUAUAAAAUGUAACACAGUAGUUGACAUUACUUUUAAAAUGCCCUAAAGUUCACAUUUUCACACAUUCUUUCUUGAGAAAAGUACAAAAUGAAAACAUCAACACACUGGCCACUCUUAGAGAUGAAUGUUUAUUUUUGCAACAUUUCCAGGUAGUGACCAUCUUUGCAAAUAAAAGGACAGAGUUAUCAAAAUGUAAACUCAAUCCCUAUAGUGUGCCUUAAAAUGUACACUGUACAUCUAGCAAAUAGAUCCCAGUCUGGCCCUAUGGGCAUACUGUACAUGCCAUUUAGGUACUGUGUUUGAAACAUACUGUGACUGCCUUUAAAAUGAAAGAAUAUAAGCAAGCAGGUAUGGCACAGAGAUUAAGAUACGAGUAGAACAAUGUUGGUUGUUCACUAAUGCUGCAACUUAAACUGAUUUUAAUAUAAUUUGAAGUGUUUCAUGGUGAAAGAAAAAGCAUCUGCGCUGAAUAUGCUACAUACUGCAGGUUUUCAUAGUUUCUUCACUGUGAAUUUAAGUGACACGUGACUGUGAGUCACAGAAUUCUAAAAAGCAUGCUUCAAGGAUGAGAAUUAAGUUUAAAAAACUCCUGAACUAAUCAAUUAAACUGUAAUAGACUGACACCUAGAGCUGAGAAAAUGAUUCAAAAUGAUAUAAUGUCUGGCAAUAAUUUUUAACUGUUAGUAGUACAUUAGCAAGUGGGUGAAGUUAUUCAAUACAUCAUUUGAAGACCAAUCUGUAUUGAUUGGUUUGGGAAGACACACAAGUCACAUAGUGUAUUUCACUUCCUUGCCUGGAUGAGAAUGAUUUCUAAGGAUCAGAUUUUGGAGAAAAUACUUCUAUUCUUCAAAAAAGAUAAAAGGAACAAAAAAAUAAAUUGCUCUAUGUUCAGUAGCAUUUACUGAACAUAAAUUCCUAACACCCAUUCACAAUUUUCUUUGACUAUGCUUGCUAGAAUAUUUCUAAAAAGCAGAACAAAGGGGAUGUGAAUUCAGCUGGCGUCAUUUCACUUAAACACAGGUAUUCACUGAUAAUCUUUUCAUGAGAUAAAUGCAGUUGUCUCUUGCACAUCAAGAACUGCAAACUCUAUACAGUUCAAUAUAAUAUAGGAAAAAACAUUACCUUAAUGAGGUCCUGCUGUCCAGGAAGAGAUCUAAUUAUUCAAGAAGCCUGAACUGGGUGAAGGUAUCUUGUUGCUUAGUUCAGUCUCCACAAAGCAGCUGUUGUGGGCUGAUCCUAGCUGGCCACCAGAUGUCCAUCAAGAUGUACUCAUUCCCCCUCCUCACUAGGACAGGAAGAGAAAAUAUCAUGGAAAAGCUUGUGGGUUGAAAGAAAGACAGGGAGAUCACUUACCAUGGGCAAAACAGACUUGAUCUGGAGAAAAUUAAUGUAAUUUAUUGCCACUUAAAAAUACUGUUACCGUUUCCGGAGAAACUCUCUAAGACUCAAUGUGGAGUUGUGGAAAACAACAUUCUUUAUUGCAGUGCUGGACUCACACGCGAAUUGUUUCGCAAAGGUGAGCACACCCGUUACCUGCCAGCAGCAGCUAUAUAUUGAGCAUCCUCAUGCAUAUUUACAGCUUUCCCAGGAAAUUAGUUACAUAUUCAUGAUAUUCCCAGGAACUAAUUAUAAUAUUUGCAUCCUAAUUACACCUGCACUUUCUUGCUGAGUGGGGGUCUCUGGUGGUUGCCGAUAGUCUUCCUCACUGUGCUUACUGAAUGACCUCAGUGCCUGCACAUCCUCACAAGGUCCUAGUGCUGAGUUAGCAGUUGGUGUGUCCUUGCUUCUGUUCUGUUCCACGUUGGGCGCCACUCUGCUAUCUUGAAGGCUGGCAUCCUUGGUCUGAUUUACUGUCUCCUUAGUUGUUAUCAGUCCCCUGAUGUUCCGUCCCCUGUCAGCCGAAACAAACACCAUUAGAAAGAUAUAUUUUCCUAUGCUUAGUUAGAACUUUUUUCCUAACAUACAACAACUACACAAAGAGAUUGCUUUGAUAUGCUUUAUUUACCUGGAUCUUAUUGAACUUAGCGUCUUCAUUCAGAAUUCCUGCAGGUAAAAUAUCCCUCAGUCAGCAGACUUCCUCUGUCACUCCACAAGCUUAGUCUUUUUGAUACUGGCUGGUUUUCAAUUAUAACUGAUUUAAUGCUCCCCCUAAGCUACUCAUUCCUCUCCUUUCUUAAUACUAUUCUGUAUUCAGUGAGAUUUGGGGUCUUUGAGAGCUAUCUUAGCACCUGUCUUAGCAGCACAACUCAGAGACAACUGAGACCUUUUUCUUGGUUUCAUCAAUUUAAGUGAAAACUUUCCUGAGCUUACUCUAAUUGAUAUGAACAAGAACCAAAGGAGGACAAGGUUCUCAUAAGUCUGUAUGUCCCCAUUCUUUAACACAAGUAGCGUAGAAAUGCUGGGCCCACACUCUGUGAAAGCACAGGUAGGAUGACACACAUCGUUUGCUGGAUUGCAUGGGGCAUCUCUAACCGCCACUGCAAAGGAGGUUGCUUUACUUAACUGGCAAACCCCAUCCUUCUGUUUUAUCAGCUUCUAAUACAGUCCUACGUCCCAAACAUGAGCACUUCUUGAACUGCUUUACCUUUGCAAGGAAAGACUAAUCAAUUGCUACUCAGUGAUUUUGGAGGAUUAGAUUUUCCAUCUUUCCCAAGCAGGGAAUUCUGAAUAUGCCAGUUAAUACUCAGAUCCAGACUGCUGUCUUUUAAGCUAGAAACAUGGUGCACCACUUGCUUUUCCCAAGGAAACAGGAAUGAAUGUUGCAGAGAAUUACUAGGUGUACAUGGCCAGUUCACUUUAUUCUUCCUUUCAUCAGCAGUUAUAGCCUUCCAGGCCAAAAUACUCUCUGAUCCCAGGUUUUGUGAGGGAUAGUGAAGGUACUGUUGAAGGGGUUACUUUGCAGAGGCAUUGGGAAGUGCUCAGCCUCAGCAAAAAUUUUACAACUCUAUUGCUGACCUUUAGAAGAUUUCACUUUGAAUGUUGUUAGGACUUCUGGAAGAAAAAUGAAGAAUCUGGUAGAAAGUGUCUAACUUAACACAAAUCUGAGGAGAACGAAGAAGAUUCUUGUACCUCUUAUCUUUGUCUCAAGUAAUACAGAUCAGACCUAAGACUAUCAUAUAUCUUAUUUGCCACAUCCUUUCAUCAUGCAGUCUUACUUGUCUUCCAAAGUAAUACAAGCAUUCUUUCGUGCAAAAACCUAGCGGUACUUAUGACCAAGGAGAUAUAUCUGGGGGCUGUUUACACCCUGGUAAGCCUUGGCUGUCGGGCCCUCGAGGUGGAGCAGCUCUGCCAGGCAGAGGUAGUUUGAGGUAUUUCACUAACCGUUCAGACAAAUUCUUCAUGCAAUUGGAGUCAAAGUGCUUCAAAGGUGGGUUGUUUGAAACAGUCCUUGGCUAAGGCAAGAUGCAGCACAAUCAUCUGCAAUACCUGUCAGCUACCCCAGAACUGCAAUGCAAAGGAUGCCUCCCAUACAAUUUUAUUUAGAGCUUCAACACUCAAUCUGUUAGUGUUAGAGAAUCCUGUGUCUCUGUAGAGAUCCUGAUUACUCUGGACCCAGUCCUGGAGAGAUUCCUUAAGAAAAGGAGCACAGUCUGUUUGUAUCACUGGGCCUCAGCCCUGAGAAUGCCAUUUAUAGUACACCCAAGUUCCUGUAGUGUAACAUUAGAGAAAUAAGUGGUAACUUGGUCUCAUAAAGGAUUUUUAAUUUCUCCUUAGUUUCCACAAUAUCCUUAUUAUGCAUUUCUGGGAAAGGCAGAAGGGCACAGGUUACAGCAAUGCCUUUUUGCUUGGAGUGCAGGUUUGUAGAUUUUCCACACACCUUAGACCACUGAGCUCAAAAUCUUGUUACAACACAUCACCUUCCCUGUUGCCAAAUGAUGCUUAUUUACCACUAGUACAAAAAAAUUGGUACUAACAGGAAUGACUGAAGAUGCAAUAUUAGCUAAUUAAUUUAUAUUAAGUACUAAAAAGUUCUUGUUCUUCUAGAAAGUUUCCCUCAUUAAAGCUAAGCUCCCAUUACAUGUAAGCAUAAUGUUGUACUUCUGACCAGCUCCAUUCACUACUGUGUAGGCAGGCUACUAGUCUGGAUAUAACUAAUGCAUGAAGAAGCAUUUUUCUAUGGUUUACGGGUGAUACCACACUUCCACGUUCAGAAGGAGUAUUACAAAUAAUACUGUUCAAGCUUUUUUCAAUUUUUGAGAGAGCUGAUAUGCUCCUGGGACCUGCACUUAAUGAAAGUAGUAACAAAAUUGAGACAGCUACCAUCUGUCUUUAUCUUCAGGAAAAUAACCAUAUUCAUUCUUAACGCAGGCCAGACAGAUAUGUCUUUUUUAUCAAGCACAUGUGUUAACAAUGAUAGUUCGGGACUUUGGUGUAUGCAUUAAUGCUACUGUAUGAGCAGUAUUUGAAAGGAAGCAAUGUUGUAAAACCUGAUAAAAUAGGCUGACAAACUGCUGUUUGACCAGCUAGGCCCUCUAGCUUCUGCCCUCAUGCUUCUAGAAUAUUGUUCAUCCCCAGGCAUUGGUGAACGUAUCAAUACAGAUCUUUUUACUGACUGGAAACAUGUCUGUCUGAAUGCUGCAGAUCAAAGAAAGAUGCCACAUUAGUCGUGUUAACUAUCUUGCUUUUUUCACUAGCAACCACAAAACAAAUAUGUCUUAACAAAUCGUGUUCACUGGCCAAAAUGCCAGGAAGACCCUGUUACCAGUUAAGACUUCUGUUUUACUGAGAAACAAGGAUUUCAGCUGAAAAAUCUGAAAUGCAAACAGGUUAGGAUAUAAGAGAAAUGCACUAGUAUUAAUAAACUUUUUACAUUUGACACAUACUGUAUUACAAAGAAAAUAUCCUUGUAAGACCAUUAAUUGCUGGGCCAUAGGUGACUUCCGUCUAGUUUACUAAAGUAGCUAAUAAAACUUGUAUAGAGCCUUUUUUAGAUAACGCUUACAUGUAUGAAAAUGUAUGACACCCUUGUACUAUGGCUUGCACUUUACUUGCAUUAAACUGUGAAGUAGGCUGUAGUAAUGUCUUUGUAUAUUCAGGGGUUGAAAUACCAAUGCACUAGAGUAUCGUACUGCUGGUGUUCAACCUGUACUGUUAAUUAUAUCUGAACAUGCUGACAAUGUGUGUUUUGAAAACCCCACUCACUUAAAAUCUUUAGCAAAUAAUGCUAUGGGGUCUCCAUGGUCUUUGUUUCUUUGUAAAUAUAGACAUUCUUACUGUUUCUGUAGCAAUAGGAGAUUAUAAACCAAACUUUCACUAGGACUGUUUUCAAUAACAAAAAAAUCUAUAGCGCCUUGUAUAAAAAUCAUGGAGACUCCGUGACCUGUGGGUAUUUUUUGUUUACAAGCAGUAUGUAUAUAUGUAUUAGAGGCAGAACUGUUAUUUAUCACAAAGUUAUGUUGUGGAUGAUUCUUUCUAAAAUAAAUAUAUGUUUUCUGUCAUUAUGAAAAACCAGUAUUUUAGAGCCAUCUUGAAAAGUUUGAAGUGUCCAAGCUUCAAAUACGUGUAAUCUUUCAUGUUUCCACUUUGUUUUUGUAAUCAGCUGUGAGAUGAACUGAGAGGUGAUGGUGAACCCCUGCCUGGCCAGGGAGACUGGCUGAGUUACAUCGCAGCUCAGGAGCAUUCUGCAACUUUUCUAUCAUCACCGUCUUGCUUAAGCACUUUUACGAGCAGAUGCUGUCCAGAUACCGUAAGUGAAGGCCCUCAGCUCAUUGAUGCUACAGAGAGAGAGGAAAUGAACUGCUCUAGACCAAUACAGGUAAAACUAGGUUUCAACCCCUGGAUAACACAGUAUUUCUUCAGUUUCACAACAGUAUUUUUAAUUUUAUACUUGUCUAUGUUGAGAGAUGAUCCAAUAGUUUAUAUAGGCAAUGAACGUUAGGUUUCUUUUUUCCCUCUUUUCAGAUGAGUUCUGUGUGAAUUACUGUAACCGGCUGCGUUUUUUCUAUCACAGAUUAACUUGUUAACUUUUUGUGUGUCUACAAUGAAAAUUUAUGAAUGGAAAACUUCACUGUGUGUUGCUCACUGGGCAUAUACCUCAUGGUACAUUGCACAGACGUGUAAGUUGUAAGUUGCACUGCAACAUUAAAAAAAGGAACAUAUUGCUCUUUUUUCAAAGAUAUUAACUUAUUUAAGAGAUAUAGUCUGUA